AUGUUACUUAAUCGAUUAUUCGCACCUCGGUUCCAAAUUCUGAAAUUUGGUGCAAAAUAUGCUUAUUUAGUCGGUGAUAUUCGAAUAACGUCUUCUUCAAGUAGUGUUAAGGCUGAGCCAUUUAUGAAUGGCACAUCGACGAUUUAUAUUGAGCAAAUGUAUAGAUGCUGGAAAAAUGAUCCGAAUUCGGUGCACGCAUCGUGGAAUGCUUAUUUUCAAAACGUUGAGAAUGGUUUGCCACCAGGAUUUGCUUAUAGCACACCGCCGUCUUUAGGAGUUACUUAUGCUAACUCAAUUGUCCCUCCAGUGAAUGCUAUUAUUUCUUCUCCUUCGACCAGUCUUAAAGAAACACACGAUAAUUUACAAGUUCAAUUGCUAAUCAGAAAUUAUCAAACGCUGGGACACAGUGUGGCGAAUAUAGAUCCAUUAAAUAUCAGCAAUACUAACCUAGAAAGCAAAAUGCCACCAGAAUUUAGACUUGAUUUUUAUGGUUUCGGUGAACAGGAUUUGGAUCGAGAAUUUGUUCUACCGACCUCAACUUACAUUGGUGGAAAUUCACCAACGCUCAAAUUAAGAGAAAUCAUCGACCGUCUCAAAAAUGUUUAUUGUAAAAGCGUUGGUAUUGAAUAUAUGCAUUUAACAAAUUCGAAACAGUCGGAAUGGAUUCGAAAACGUUUCGAAGCACCAAUAAAGCAAUUAUCAACGAGUCAAAAGAAAACGCUAUAUAACCGAUUGAUGCGUUCAACAAAAUUCGAAGAAUUCCUUGCUAAAAAGUGGCCAAAUGAAAAGCGUUUCGGUCUCGAAGGUUGUGAGGUAUUAAUUCCGGCAAUUAAACAAAUUAUCGAUACUUCUAGCAUUGCUGGUGUUCAAUCAUUUAUCAUCGGAAUGCCGCAUAGAGGUCGCUUGAAUGUUCUAGCGAAUGUAUGCCGUCAACCACUUCCAAAGAUCUUUUGUCAAUUCUCAGGGCUUCAGCCAGCUGACGAAGGUUCAGGCGACGUUAAAUAUCACUUAGGAGUGUGUGUGGAACGCUUAAAUCGGCAGUCAGAUCGAAACGUUAGCAUCACUUUACUUGCAAAUCCUUCACAUCUCGAAGCGAUCGAUCCAGUCGUUAUGGGUAGAGUUCGAGCUGAAGCAUUUUAUAGUGGUGAUGAAAACGUUGAACACUCUUUGGGUAUUCUAAUACAUGGUGACGCUGCUUUCACAGGUCAAGGAGUUGUGAUGGAAACUUUCAAUUUAGAUGAUCUUCGCGAUUAUACAACUCACGGUGCAAUUCAUUUAGUCGUCAAUAACCAGAUCGGCUUUACGACGGAUCCUUGUUGUUCGCAUUCUUCACCAUACUGCACUGAUAUUGGACGCUUUAUUGGUUGUCCUAUUUUUCAUGUGAAUAGCGAUGAUCCAGAAGCAGUAAUGUAUGUUUGUAAUGUUGUAGCGGAAUGGCGUCGUAUUUUCAAAAAGGACGCAAUUAUUGAUAUAGUAUGUUAUCGUCGCUAUGGCCAUAAUGAACUGGAUGAGCCAAUGUUUACUCAACCGUUAAUGUAUCAGAAAAUUAAAGAAAUGUUACCAAUUUCCACAAAGUACCAAAAUCAAAUUUUAUCUGAAGGAAUUGUCGAUGAACAAUAUAUCAAAGAUGAAGAGAAAAAAUAUAGUGCAAUAUUGGAAAGUGCAUAUGAAAGUGCACAAAAAGCGACACAUGUGCAUUUUCGCGACUGGUUAGACUAUCCUUGGGCAGAUUUCUUCGAUAAGCGCGAUCCAUUAAAUAUUCCCGCUACAGGAAUACCAAAUGAAACUAUAGAACUUAUUAUCAAGAAAUUCUCGUCUGUGCCCGAAGGAUUCAAUGUGCAUCAAAGUUUGCUACGAACGUUGAAGGGUCGACAGCAAAUGUUGAAAGAAAAUUGUGCUGACUGGGCGAUGGGAGAGGCACUUGCUUUUGGUUCACUUCUCCUUGAAGGUACUCAUAUACGACUUUCGGGACAAGAUGUCGAGCGUGGAACAUUUUCGCACCGUCAUCAUGUUCUUCAUGAUCAAAAAAUUGAUCAAAAAGUUUAUGAACCUCUAAAUGACCUCUCUGAUACAGUAAUUUUUUAUGGAGUUUAUGGAGUUUAUGGAGUUUUUUAUGGACAAGCAAAAUACGUAGUAUGCAAUUCGUCAUUAUCGGAAUACGCAGUGCUUGGAUUUGAAUUGGGAUAUUCGAUGGUCGAUCCGAAUUCUUUGGUUAUUUGGGAAGCGCAGUUUGGCGAUUUCGCUAAUACUGCACAAUGUAUUAUAGAUCAGUUUAUUUCUUCAGGACAGUCAAAAUGGAUUCGUCAAUCGGGCGUUGUUUUAUCGCUUCCUCAUGGUUAUGAAGGAAUGGGACCUGAACAUAGCAGCGCCAGAUUAGAACGAUAUUUACAAAUGUGUAAUGAAGAUGAUGAAAUUGAUAUUGAAGCCGAAGCCUUUGGAUCGACCUAUGAAGCACAGCAAUUGAACGACACGAACUGGAUUGUUGCAAAUUGUACUACGCCUGCUAAUUACUUUCAUCUUUUACGCCGACAAAUUAUAAUGCCUUUUAGAAAACCACUUAUCUCGAUGGCACCCAAAUCAUUAUUACGUCAUCCAUCAGCACGUUCACCUAUUGAAGAUUUCUUACCAGAUACCAAGUUUCAACGUGUAAUUCGUGAAAACGGUGAAGCAUCGAAAUGUCCUAAUCGCGUCAGUCGUCUUAUAUUUUGCACUGGUAAAGUUUAUUAUGAUUUGAUAACAGCACGGAAAGGCUUGAACAUGGAUUCUCAAAUAGCGAUUUGCCGCAUCGAACAGAUUAGCCCAUUUCCAUAUGAUCUUUUGGUUGCAGAAUGUGCUCUUUAUAUUAAUGCUGAGGUGGUUUGGGCUCAAGAAGAACACAAAAAUAUGGGUGCUUGGAGUUUUGUUCAACCAAGAAUGAAUUCUAUUCUUGCUAAAGAUGGGCGAGUAAUGAAAUACGCUGGACGUAAACCGUCUUCAUCACCAGCUGCUGGCAAUAAAUUCCUUCAUGGCUCGGAACAGAAAAAUUUCCUUGCUCAAGCACUUACGAAUCAGUCUGGUCAAUCUGAAUCUGAUUAG